GAACCUCCUUGAAGGGAAACAGGGGGCCGGAUGGACGCAACGGCAAACCAGGACCCAGAGGGAGCAAGGGCCGACCUGGACAGAGGGGCCACGUCGGCCAACCGGGUCCAUCGGGUUUGCCAGGGCCACAUGGACCAGAGGGAGCUGAAGGAAAGCCUGGGUCCCUCAGGUGCAGCUGGCAGUGCUGGCAGUAAAGGAGCAGCGGGUUUUCAAGGACUUGCCGGAGACAGAGGAGCAGAUGGCCCCCCAGGUUCUCUGGGGCCACCAGGGAAACCAGGACCUCCAGGAUCCCCUGGAGCUCCAGGAGAAAAGGGUUUCACAGGGAAGCCAGGCAUGGAGGGACCUCAGGGCCCAGUAGGCAUGUAUGGUAUCCAGGGAAACGUGGGCAUGCGAGGGAAUCCAGGGUUCAUGGGAGAAAGGGGCGAGCAAGGUUUACGAGGUUUACCCGGGCCUGCGGGGAAGCAAGGUCCUACAGGAUUCCCAGGUCCUUCUGGAGAAAAGGGGCCCCGGGGACCUCAGGGUCGGCCUGGAGAUGAAGGAUCCAAAGGGAUACCGGGCCCACCUGGCCCUCCGGGUAUCCAAGGUGUUGAUGGAGCAGCUGGAAAACCUGGACCUAGAGGAAGCCAAGGGCCUUCAGGACCUCUGGGGCCACAGGGGCCAGCAGGAAUCCCAGGGCCACAGGGUACUGAUGGCUUAUUAGGAGCAGCAGGGGAAAGAGGAAAUACGGGUCUACCUGGCUUGCUCGGGGAUGCUGGCCCCCCCGGACAGAAUGGACUACAGGGUCUCCCUGGCCAAACAGGACAUGAAGGCCCAACUGGACGGAAAGGAGACCAGGGGGACCAUGGGUCUUGUGGGAAUCUUGGUCCUCCAGGCCUUCCAGGAGAGACAGGACUCGAGGGCCUAAAAGGCUUACAGGGCCCGUCUGGACCUGAGGGUAAAGAGGGUGAUGUCGGGUAUCCUGGGGAACCUGGAGAUCCUGGACCAAAAGGGGAGAAGGGUGGAGUGGGUCCUAUAGGACUGUCGGGUCGAGAAGGCCCCUGGGGAGACCUCGGAGAAAAUGGCCAAAGGGGGCCAAAGGGGGAGAAGGGCCACAUUGGACUCAUGGGCGAGCCGGGGCUGAUGGGGGAAGUGGGGCCUGCAGGUCUGCCGGGGUUACAGGGAAUAUUAGGCUCUCAGGGACCCCCGGGGCCAGAUGGACCUCAGGGCCAGAAGGGGGAUUCUGGGCCUGAGGGAAUGACAGGACCUCCGGGGUCAGGGGGGCCUCAGGGGCCGAGGGGUGCUCGUGGUGUCAGAGGAGACUCAGGGGGGCAGGGGCCACCUGGUCCAGUAGGAAAAGUUGGCCCUCACGGAGACCUCGGGGCGAAAGGGGAAGUGGGGCCACAAGGACUCAAGGGAGAGCCAGGAGCCCCAGGACAACAAGGGGAACAGGGUGAGGAAGGUCUGCCAGGAAUCCAAGGACCUCCUGGUCUGCCCGGAUUAGAGGGGCCUUCUGGAGAAAUUGGACCCCAGGGUGCCCCGGGUCCCACAGGGUCUCCUGGAGUGAAAGGAAGACAAGGAGCUGAGGGCCAACACGGCAUGGCAGGGGAGAAGGGAAACGAUGGCAAGACUGGAUCGCCAGGGAGGACAGGUCAUUUUGGAAGGAGGGGGAAACGGGGCAAGGCCGGAGUCAGAGGGACCAGAGGAGAGAGAGGACACAAGGGCCAGAAGGGAGACACAGGGCUGUUCGGCCUCUCUGGGUGGCCGGGGUUCAUCGGAAUCCUGGGUUUACGUGGAGAUCUGGGAGAGCAAGGUGACGAGGGGAAAGAGGGAGAGAAAGGAGACAUGGGACUGUCUGGACCACCUGGAGCUGAUGGCAUGAAGGGUAUUCGUGGUUUUGUCGGAGUGCCUGGUCCACCUGCUGUGAAGGGAGAUCAGGGAAAUAUUGGCCCACCAGGACCGAGGGGUACGACAGGGAUGCCAGGACUGCCUGGCAUGUUUGGAUUGAAGGGUUUGAAAGGCUACCCAGGUUUCCCCGGUCUGUCCGGCAGGAGGGGGCUCCCGGGUCCACCUGGGAUCCCUGGACCUCCCGGACAGUCACUGAACAUGACGCUGACUCAACUCAGGGAUCUGAUGUACGUGUCCGAUAAGCCCAACUACUCUCUGCUCCAGACUCUGCUGGACUCUCUGCAGCUGGAGCUCCGGCUGCUGCUGGACCCCCCCGACGGCAGCAAGGAGCGCCCAGCCUCCACCUGCCUGGAGCUGUGGCUCUGUCACCCCGACUACAGCAGCGGAAUGUAUUACAUUGAUCCGAACCAGGGCAGCCCGGCGGACGCUCUGCUGGCCUACUGCAGCUUCUCCUCCACAUCCAAACAGACCUGCCUCCACCCCCGAGACUCUCAGUUGCCCAUGAAAGCCUGGAUGGAAGAAUUUUCUGAAGAAGGAUCCUUUCAGUGGCUCAGCAGGCUGGAGCGGGGCUUUCAGUUUUACUAUCCAGGAGCUAAUGUGGUGCAGAUGCGUUUCCUGAGGUUGCACAGCAGCACUGCGCUCCAGAAUCUGACCUUCUCCUGCCACCCAGGACAUAGACUGGGCCCCGUGGACCGAGACAUCAAGUUCCUCACUGACAGCAGGAAGCAGAGUUUUGUCGGAGCAGUUAAAGACUGCGUGCCUGGAGAGGAGAGCAUUUCUGUCACUCGGGAGUCUGUGUUUGAGUUUGAGGACCUCCAGCUGCUUCCUCUGAGAGACGUAGCACUGAUGGGAGGCGGCAACUCGACACAUCAGUUCAGCUUCACUGUGGGACCUGUGUGUUUCAGCUAAAGGUGCUGACAAAUCAAUGCAGUCCUAGAACACCAAGGGCUAGGACUAUAACCCGUUCACUAAUGGACACCUAGAGGACAACCGGAACAUCGCUUCCCUUUCCUGAAGAUGUCCCUCCCUUUCCUCUUGUUUUUGGGGAUCCGAACUCUCAAUUUGAGUGACUCCGUAUUCAUGAAUUUGAGAGGACACAAGCGUCCUCAGGCUUUCUUUCCACGGAGAAGUCAAGUUUGUUUACAGAGACGUUUAUCUUGUAUUGAAUAAUUUAAAAAUGUAUGUCUUUUCUUAUCAUUUAUAUACAAUUGUUUAUUUUUCUCUGUUUGAUUUUUGUUAUGUAUUUUUGGGCCUCUGUCAUAGCCGGCCCAUUGUGUAUAUAAAAGCCGUAACAAUGCGUUCUGCAUGGGAACACAGCUACUGUGGUCCCAUUGGCCAGUGACCAGGCCAGUAAAACCCUACGUUGGUACUGUGAGUGACCUCAGAUGGGUGACUUUUCUCAAGGUGCGAAUAACUUUUUAUUUGAAAGAUUAUUUCUUUAAUCCCUAAAACAAUCACAUGAUUGUAUGCAGACUUGCUUAGGAUGCACCAACCUUCCUCAUUUUGUAAAAUGCACAAGAUAGUUUUAAGAGUUUCAUGUUAUUGUAUGGUUUUACUUUUUACGUCUCAGGUAUGAUACAUUAAUGAUACAGUACACACAUGGGAACUAAAGCUGCUGUUGCUAUAGUGAGUUUCUUUAGGUUUGUAGUUUGGCAUUAAAAGAAGACUAAAAAAAAGUUAAAGGAAAAAUCUGUGAAAAGACCAAAACCAACAUUGAGUUGCCAUUAACAAGAAAACAUCAUGCUAUUCUUGAACUGUGUGUGAAAAAAAGCAAAAAAUGUGGCUAAUCAGCAUUUUUACCAUAUUAACCAAUAACAAAGAUGAGAGAUUAGUGACACAAUAUUUCACUAUGAAAUAUUGUGUGAAACAGAAUGUACAUUCAGAUUGAUCUUCAAGCAACCAUGUUCCCCAGUUUAAGGUCUAUGAAAUACAAAUGUAGCUGUUGCCUUAUUCAUAUUUUGUAGACUGUCACAAUCUACAACGGGUUUAGAUUAUUGUUGUUUUAACAAGAGAAAUGUUAAAUUCAAGAGUACUUUGGAGAUUGCUUAUCUCUGGUAUUCUCAUGUAAACUAAAGACCAAACUUUAGCAGCCAGUCCUGACACAUCCACUUAUUUCCACUCCAAACAAUACUGUAAUGUAUUUCAAUGUACUGUAAAGAUCGUGCAUACGUUUGCCAAGUGCAGUAGCCGUGUCCUGCAGAGCUACUUUGUGCCUAUCACCACCACUUAGCAUUGAGUAAUUGCUGUUGACCUGCAUUUGUGCCUCAAUCCAUCUGGAAAGUGCUUGGAUCCAGAGAAAAGAAGCAAGCUUUGUAUCUUCUCUGCAGCAUCAGGAUUCCGUGUUUGUGUCCUACAGAGUGUCAGCAGUGAGUGAUGAGGGGUGUGCACGGUUUGCAGGCUGAACAGGAUUCAUUUGCGUGAGAUCUCAGGGAGUUUGUGGUCUAACGUCUCAACCAAAACAGCAGCUCUGCAGAAACGAAAUAAAACAUGCUUAUACCAAAUUAUCAGCUGUAGAUAUUUAGAGGGUUAGCAAAUUCUUCACAAGGCUGAUAAGUGCCAGAGCUUAUAGCAAGAAAGUAAGAAAUGUAUGCUUUGUAUGCAAUUCUGGCCUGGUGUAUUCUUUUUAUAUUUUGAUUUGUCUUAUCAUUUCAUAUGAUUGCCUUAGCUGGCUGAGACUGAUCAUUGUAACCUUGUUUUGUACAAAUUAUCAUUUUUAGAUAUUCAAAAUGACAUGCUGGACAUUUUUCUUGCGAUCCCCUCAUCAGCUCAUUCAAAGAAUUGUGUCAGCUGAAUAAAA